AUGUAAAUAAAGUACGUAUAAAGUAUACAUAUAAUAUAUAUUUGUAAACAAAAUUUAGAAUUUGAUAAGAGGCAUUUUAAGAGAGUUGAUCCAAUAAUGGCCUCAAGAGGAAAGUCUGAGACUGAGAAACUAAAGAAGAAUCUUGAAGAACAACUUGAUAGGUUGAUGGUACAGUUGUCAGACUUAGAAGAAUGUAGAGAUGAUUUAGAUCCAGAUGAAUAUGAAGAGACAAAGAGAGAGACCGUAGAUCAACUAAAGGAAUUCAAAGAAUCUCUUGUGAAGUUUGCUGCAGGAGAUAUGACCUUGAUUGAUGAAAUUAGUGCCAUGCAACUAGCCCUGCAAGCAGCUAUAAGCGAUGCAUUCAAAACUCCCGAAGUGAUCCGAAUGUUUGCUAAAAAACAACCAGGCCAACUCAGGAACAGAUUAGCUGAGUUACAAAGAGAUGUCAAAACUGGUCACAUUAGUGAAGAUGUUUACACCCAACAAGCAGUCGAAAUGCUCACAGCUUUAAAAAAGUUAGGAGAAACUCUGAAACCUGGAGAGGUUGAAUUCUUGGCGAAAAAUUCAAGCGCUGCUCUCAGUGAAUUUGAACGAAUAUCAGAAUCGAUGGGUACUGGUGAAAAGUUACUGGCAGUCGCCGGAUCUCAGGUGGAAAAAGCUCAAAGAUAAUUCGGUCUUUUCGCUACUAAUUUUUAAACUUGAUUUUGUGAGAACAUUGAAUUGCCUAUGAACUAUUAAUAAAUGGUGCUUGUACAGAAUUUGAUAAAUGUUGACUGGGACUGGGGCAAUGUUUAAGGGCUAUACUGUAGGUUUUUCGCUAGCCUCGGGCAGACACUUAGCUUUAGUAGGAUAGGUUCAAAGCGAAGAAACACAGGCUCUAGUGAAUAGUGAUGUAUUAAAUUUUUUAAAUUAAACUUUUCCAAAAUUGUCUUGAACAUUUCAAUAGUUCUCACUGACAUUUAUCAUUCUUCAUGCAUAUCUUGGUAAUACAAGAUCAAGAUGUCUUUUAUGUGCGUGGUGUAUUCCUCUGUAUUUGGUGAUGAACUGUGGCUGUGCCAUCAUAUAUGUAAAGAAUUUACCCUC